UUGUUAGGAACAGAGGAGGAGAGUGGAGCGACCUGCUGUGUUUAGAGGUGGCUGUUCAGCAUCAGUAGGUCAGGUACCACCUCAGUAAAGCCUGUCCCCGGUCUACUGCUGCCUCCAGUGUCCUCCUGUUUCCCGUUCCUGUUAGGGACUCAUCUCCUCCAAGUAAAGGGUCUGGUCCAGAACAACAACAAAAGAGAGGUUCCUUUGUCCAGCUGGCCUCAGUCCAUCCUCUCAGGGACACUGAACGGAUUGGGGCCGGAAGUGUGUUGCUGUUGUUGCUGGCCGGACCCGGACCCGGACCCAGGACACACCUUUCUGUUUCCUCUCGCUGUGCAGUCAGUCUCUCCAGAAGUCUCUCAGCUCUCUGACAUGUCUUCUGUGGAUGGAGACCAGCGUCCCCCCCGAACCCACCGAACCGAGGCCGUAGAGGAGGACGGGAAUGUCGGCCAUGAUGUCGGCGUGAACAGCGACACAAGUGAUGCCAGCCGGUUGGAGUCUUGUUUGGAUCAACCAAUGGAUUCAAGCAGCGUCCAUGAAGUCAUCCAGUAUGCGCCCUCGCCACUACCAGCCAAACAUUACGACACCGAAACCACUGAACCAAUCAGCUGUGGUCUUAAUACUUUGGAGGAGCUGUUGUCGUGGAAACGAAGCGAGGCGAACCCCUUUAAUGUGGCAGUCAUCCCUCUGGCGCCUCGGGAGCCUCCUCUGGCCAGCUGUCCACGCCGGACCUUAGUGUCUCAUGACAUGAUGGGCGGCUACCUAGAUGACCGCUUUGCCCAGGGGACACAUGCCGAGGCUCCGUACGCCUUCUACCACUGGCAGUACAUUGAUAUCUUCAACUACUUCACACACAACAUGGUGACUAUUCCUCCUGCUGUGUGGACCAACUCUGCACACAGACAUGGUGUCCUUGUUCUCGGGACUCUGAUCACAGAGUGGACCGAUGGAGCCGCCAUGUGCGAGGCCUUCCUGAAGGACGAGGAGUCGUACCGGGCGGUGGCUGAUAAAUUGGUCCAGAUCAGCCACUGUUACGGCUUCGACGGCUGGCUCAUUAACAUAGAGAACGCCCUCAGUGAGGUCGCGGUGAAGAACACGCCUUUGUUCCUGCGCUAUCUGACCGACCAGAUGCACGAGCGCGUGGCCGGCAGCCUGGUGCUGUGGUACGACAGCGUGAUCGAGAGCGGACAGCUGACGUGGCAGAACGAACUCAACCAGUCCAACAGGAUGUUUUUCGACUCUUGUGACGGUUUCUUCACCAACUACAACUGGACAGAGCAGAACCUGGAGUGGAUGGGGGACUACGUUGGGGUCCAGGGCCGCCAGGCUGAUGUCUACAUCGGGGUGGACGUGUUCGCCCGAGGCAAGGUGGUGGGAGGAAUGUUGGAAACUAAUAAGGCGCUGGAAAUCAUUCGGAAGCACAACUUCUCGGUGGCCAUCUUUGCUCCAGGCUGGGUGUACGAGACCCACAACGAUAAGACCCAGUUCCGCGAGAAUCAGGACAAGUUCUGGGCUCUUCUGUCAGACCACCUGUACAUCCAUCGGCCAGCCUCACCUCUCCCCUUCAUCUCCUCCUUCUGCCAGGGCUUUGGGAAGGCUGUCUACUGUAGAGGACAGCGUGAGACCAACAGGAGCUGGUUCAACCUGACGGCCCAGGAGAUCCAGCCCCUGUACUACCAUAUGGAGCUGGAGGACCGGGGCUGGCUGAGCAGCCGCGGCUCCUCCGAGGACGCCUGGAACGGAGGCUGCUCACUGCUGCUGGACGGAAGCAUCCCCGCCACUCACACGUCUCCACUUUGUGCCAAGAUCUUCUCCCUCCACGUACCCCUGGCCUCCAAGACUCUGGUGACCCUCAUCUACAAGCCGUCUGCCGGGAUCAGAGUCUCCCUGGAGCUGAAGACCACAAAUGCCAGUCUCUGCACACACAUGGACAUCCAGGAUGUCAAAUCUGUCAGUGCGUCUCCUGAUGAACAGGAUGACGGGCUCCAGUUGGUGAGGCUGUUCUCUCAGCUGUGUGGCAACCAGAGUCCAGAUGGUUGGACUGUCGGGUGUUCACAGCUGGAGCUUCGUGGCUGCGCUCUUAGAGAAGUUUGUCUCAACAUCCAGCGGGACGGACAGCCUCGGGACACACCGUUCAGCUGCAGGGUGGGACAGAUCAUGCUGUUGGACGUAGCCAGUCUGCAGGUUCCCCCAGAGCUGGUUCAGGGUUUGUGCAUCUAUCACGUGGUGUGGCUGCGUGGUGCCGGGACCUCGCCAGAGUCCGCCUCUCCCUGCCUGCACUUCAACGCCACUCUGCGCUGGGUCUACCCGACCCAGCUGGUGCGUCACUUCAGGGUGUACUGGCGGCGGCUGAGAGGACCUGAUCCCAGAAUCCCCCCUGGUCAGCUGGUUCUGGUGGGCCGGGCGUACUCCAAUCUUUUCAGAGUAACGGAGCUGGCGGUGGCGGAGCCUCCUGGCCUGCUGGAGCUGGUGGUGGAGCCGGUGAUCAGGAAGGGCUUCCCGGUCCCAGAGAGCCACUGGGGAAGAAGAAGCCUCAGCUACACAGAGGACGUCACACAAUGACUUUAACAGAACUGCUUCUCCUGGACUCUUCAGACAGUCAUCGCUCUGAGGUCACAUCCAACAUUCAACCCAAGUUGGAGAACGUCAAAGAGACAGAUUUGAUGGCAGACAGACGUCACUUCAUGUUAGAGAAUGAAAUAUAAUGAUGAUCUCAACCUGCUUGUAAAGAUGAGACGGUAAUAGAUGAACGCUUGACUAGUAAUCAUGUUAUAUAUCCAGGGCUAUCAUGUACUGUACGUGCUGAGCAUGAGAUCUACACAGUGGACUUAAUCAAAUGCACUCUUCCAGUAAUACAUCUCAGGUUUCUCAAUCAUGUAAUACAGUCUUUCAUUCAUAGUCCAUCUGUCAGGUGAUGUAGCAAUUCACUGUGUGAUCCAGUGUUGAAUUCAUACAUCUUAUAUAUAUAUAUAUAUAUAUACAGUAUAUAAAUUAUAUACUGUAUAUACUGUGUAUAUAUAUACACAGUAUAUAUAGUACAAUAAUGCAAAGAACAAGAUUUACUGCUCCAAAUAUGCAAAAUCUACAUCUCUGCUUUCUUGUCAUUCUAAUUAUUAAUGUGGAUUUGGUUUAUUUCUUAUUCACUAUGAACUUUUCUGAUCCACUAAUGUGCUUUAUUAAACUAUGUUAGCCAUAUAUAGAUGAAGUCAGACAAUAAUCUUCACUAUGUUUAUGAUCUACUACGAGCAUACGUUUUGGUGUUUGUUGAUUUAAGGAGGAAAUUGUAUAACUGCAGGAUCAUUAAAAAAAUGUCUUGGAAUUGAAAUGAGGACUUUGAGCCCGGCUACCUGGCCACAUCAUCAUAAUAUAAUAUAAUAUAAUAUAAGUCUGCACUUAAACCUCAGUCUCUGCCCGGUGUGCUGGAGAGAGUCAACACAACAACAAAUGGGAUCUGUCGAAAUAUGUGUAUAAAAAGUGCAAAACAUUUGAA